AUGAGCAGAGAGAGUUAUAUCCAAUUUUUAUACAGAUAAAAUUGUACUUGACAUAUUAUUAAUUUGUUUAUUAAACAGAAAACUGAAUGCACAUUACAUUAAGUGCAUCGUGCAGUUGAAAUGUGAAGUAUUUAUGAAAUAAUCGUUAAAUGUUCAAAAGCGGCAGAAUGGACAUCGAUAAUACAAUAAAGGAAAAUUUUUAUCAGAAAGUCAAGGCAAAAAAAGUUGCGAUGAAGGAUACAAGCCAUCUCAAAGACCCAAAGGUACAGAAAAAGGGUUCAUUAAAUACUGGGCAGAACACAUUGCAAGCUGUAUUAUCAGCUUUAAAAACGGAUGCAAUAGAGUCUUUGAGGGGUGGUGUGGAUGAGAUUCAGAAAUGUGAUUCAUCAGAAAAACCACAUGCUGCAGAAUCUGGAGAGAUUGCGCCAAAACCUGCAGUUUUAUCUAUACGAGAGGGAAACAACCCAGAUGUUUCUGAUUCAUGUAGAAUAGAGCAUACUUCAUCAGAAGUUGUAGCAUUGUCUUCAGAAAUAGAUAGCAUUUCAGGCACAUCUGCUUCAUUGAAAAUGGGGCAGAAGAAAUUUAAAACUAAAGAUGUUUUUCAAAAGGAAGUUAGAAACAAUUUAGAGAAGGCUGAUCCACCGGUUACUAAGAAGAAUCCAUCAGUAGAUCUAGAGGAUUCUUCUAUUGUUACGAAAAAAUCGGAAACUGACGAGAUUCCACUGACUGUGGCCGCUUCUUUAACAGAGGGGGACUUAUUAAAAUCGACCGAGGUUGAGAAUCAGUCAAGAGCUAGCGAAUCUUUAGAAACGACAUGCGAGACUUCAAAAAAUGAUAGCUCUUUGGGGACGACUGUGAUUCAGAAUGAAUGCGGCACUGUUCAGGUAAGCACAGUUAAGAGAAAGAGGAAAAAUAAGAAGCAGAGGAAGAAGAAACAUGUGGAAGGGAUAGUCGACAGUCAGCCAGGAAAUCGAGUUCAGACCCAAGAACAAGAAAACUUGGACAAAAGGAAUAAAAAUGAAAAAAAAGUUAAGCCCCCAAAACCCCAAGUAAAAAAAGCGAAUAAGCCAAAUCGGUUCUUUACGAGCCAACAAUUUUCAUUCCCAAAUGUUUGGCAAUAUGCAGCAAGCCGAAGUAAUAUACCAUUGUAUCAAGCACCGUUGCUUGGAUAUCCACCGGCCUUGCCUCUCAUGCCACGGAAUCUAGUAGGAAAUGCAAUGCAUCAUCAAAGCUUGUUAUUAGGAACUCUAGGGCUUGCAUCAUUAAUCCAAGGGAGUCUAUCUGGCAACCAAGUGACUCCGUUGAUGAAUCAAGAAUCCCUCCUAGGAAAUCCACCAAUUUCGCCCCUAAUGCAAUUGAGCCUGCAAGCAAAUCUUGGGAACCUGUUAGAUAAUCAAAUUAUCGCACCACUGAACCAAGAGAAUCGACCAAGUUAUCAAGGAACUCUAUCAGGUGACCUAGGAAAUCUAUCACGAUAUUAUGAGAACCUAGGGGACCAGCCAGGAUAUCAAUCGAUGAUACGGAACGAAGUGAAUCCACCAAUUAAUGAAGUGAAAUCAGAGAAACCUGAUAGAAGUGAAGGUAGUAUAGGGCAUCAAUCAAUAUGGGAACCACCGGGAAACCUACCAGGAGGCCAAGAACAUCCAUCAAUAUAUCAAGAUGAUCUAUUAGCUCAACCAUCCACAUCAAAAAGCGAAGUUCAGUCUGGUGACUUUUACUAUUCUGUAGAAUGUUCCUCAAGAAAGCGAAAACGUAGUGGAUCCAGAGACAGCCAUAGUCCUGAUUGCAAAAGAACAAGAUCUUCCGAAAGUGAAUCGACUUCUCGAAAAAGUAGUCUUUUUAAGCUUAUUAUUUCAAAAGACUUUGGUAAAUUUAGGUUGGGUCUGGAGGAGUUGAUGCUAAUAAGGAUAGCAAUUUCCGAGGAGAUCGACCGUAUUCCAAAAGGCCAUAUACCAAAGUUUAACGAUACUUUCUUAAAGUUUUUUGGCAUUGUUGUGGAUUGCGCAGAUGAGUGGUCAAUGGAUUGGUUGGCUGAUUCUAUAACAAAAAUCUCUCCGUGGUCUGGGGCUAGACUUCGACUCGUAGAUCUGCCACAUACUGCGCAAUUCUAUGAUGCGAUCUUGUUUAUUCCGGGUGUAGUUGAAAGGGCAGACAUUAUUUUAAAACGACUUGAGAGGCAAAAUCCUGCCUUGAACACAGGAAUCUGGAGGAUAUAUUCUGUUGAGGAAAAUUCUGAUCAGAAAGGGUUUAAUUUAAAGCUGGGAAUUCCAGUUACUUCUUUGAAAGCCCUUCAAGAUUUAAAUUUUAAACCUUUUCUGGGAAUGACUAAGGUUAUAGUUACGAUACACAAAUCUAUUAAAUUUCUUGACCCCGACAAAGAAAGUUGACUGUAACUCUGCAGAGAUAUUAAGAUUUUUAGGGAAAGUUUUCAAUUGAUUUCUAGCGUUUUGGGAACCUGUGCAGAAUUGCAAUGAACGUUUUCUAAUUUUAUACAGUCUUUACUUUGAUAUAAGGUAAAUGUCCUAGCCGUCAUGUUAAGCGAUGGUUGGCGCCCGUAGCGGCCAGAAGCGGUCAUUAUAAAUUUUAUACUUAAUUUAUCGGAUAUUCUAAUAUUUGUGGAUGAUGGAUCGCGGAGACUCGAAGAGGGAAGAAAAUCUUGCUAAUUCAGAUUAUAUUGAAUAUUGUGGAAUUAUUGGAGAAACUGCAAAUAGGAUAAACAUAAUGUUUCUUUGUGUAAAAACAACAGAGUUGUACAGAAGUCUUCCUCACGAGGUGAAAGUUGUAGCUAAAGAAAAAGCGAAAAUUGUAAUAGAUAAAAAAAGUCAUGGUAAUGUUGUUUUGUUAUGUUGAUACUCUUAAUCCAAUGCACAAAAAUAUCUGGUGUAUUAGGUAAUCUGUGUAAAAUAACACUAGCGUCCGAUGAUUUUUUUUACAGUCAACUACGCUAUACAUGUAUAUUCUUUUUCUGCAAUAUUUCACAUUCAUUUUAGCACCAUUUUUUCUUAAAAUAAACAACUAAUGAAUUCUGCAAUGUUUUAAAUCCGUUGUUUUGAUACUGCACUUGAUUCUGUUGUUCUGGCCGCAAUGGGCGCCAUCCAGCACUUAAUGUGAGGCAGUAAUCGUGAAGGUCCCAAUAAUCAUGGAACUUAAUAAUAAUUGGAAUAUAUUGUUAAAAAUUUGUUAAAAGUAACGUGGAAAACUAAUGAAAAUGGAACUUGAGUA